AUGGCGACCCCAGAACCUCUAGCAGAUCGUGUGGCGAGCGACAACAAUUCUGUCAACUCCAACAGCGAAGGAUCAGGAGAACUGACCGCUGUCGUCGACGACCUUCUCAACCAACUCAACACCAAAUUCACAACAAUCAGCAGUGAGUUGCUGUCCAAAAUGGACGACAUGUCGCGACGGCUGGACAACUUGGAAGCGACUAUUCAGGCCAGCGAAGGGAGCAAGCCGUCUGGGACUGGGAAGUAG